GUCCCGGCGCGCGAUCAGGCUCCGCAUUAGCCGCAGGCGCCUCUCUGAGAAAACGAUCUAGUAGAUCUGAGUGGCCGUCAUCCACCCCCCAACUCGCUCUCAGCGCCGGCUCGACCCUCGCAGCCAGUCAGGGGCGCGCUCACUGGCUCCGGCAGUGUCCUCGCGGCGGCCAUGGCCACGAAGAUCGACAAGGAGGCGUGUCGCGCGGCGUACAACCUAGUGCGGGACGACGGCUCGGCAGUCAUCUGGGUGACUUUCAGAUACGAUGGCGCCACCAUUGUCCCAGGCGAUCAGGGAGCGGAUUACCAGCACUUCAUCCAGCAAUGCACAGAUGAUGUCCGGCUGUUCGCCUUUGUGCGCUUUACCACCGGUGAUGCCAUGAGCAAAAGGUCCAAGUUUGCCCUCAUCACGUGGAUUGGGGAGGCCGUCAGUGGUCUGCAGCGAGCCAAGACGGGGACCGACAAGACGCUGGUGAAGGAGGUGGUCCAGAAUUUUGCAAAGGAGUUUGUGAUCAGCGAUCGGAAGGAGCUGGAAGAAGACUUCAUCAGGAACGAGCUGAAGAAGGCUGGAGGAGCCAAUUACGAUGCUCAGACAGAGUAGCCCCAGCCCCACACCCCAGAGCCAUCUGCCUGCUCCACCCAGGAGGAGACUGCCACCUCGAGUCACCAGCCCACCAGGGAGGAGGAGCCAUGAGAGGCGCCGGCGCCACCAGUGUGUGCAACCCCCUCCCCUGCCCCCCCUGCCCCCUCUGCCCCUCUCUUCCCUCUGUGGCCCUCUCAAGCUCACUAAGCAUCAUUAUUUGGUACCUGCCCCCUUUUUUGUUCUUUAAAGAAAAGUCAUCUUGGUGCCAGGGUCAUGCACACCAUCAAAUCCCAGGUGCCUCCAUCAGUGGCCCUUGGCCUGGCAUUUCCCUUGCCCUCACUGUGGCCUGCCUGAGCUGAGCCACCCUGGCCUCCAGUUGCUGGGCCCUGGCCUGGGUACCACCCCAGCUUGCCUUGGCUGUUUCCUGCUCGCCCUAUGCGGGCCGCCCAUGCCAGGAGCUGUGCACACCCUACAGCCUUCAUGAGCUCACACAUGCUCCUCGGAACCCCUAGACAUGGCUCCAGGCCCCACCCCCACCCCGUUCAGAGUGGCCUAAGCUAUAAGUCUGGUAGAUGCUGCUUGGCAGUGACAGGUUUAGGUCUGGCGUGGACCGAGUACAAAGUGACAAUUUGCCUUAACUCUUGCCUGGCAGUGGCUCUGCCAUGUGGUCUAAACUACCCUUUUGGCGAAGUCCUUCUGAAGUACGAGAGGUCUGAGUCCAGCUGUGGUGGGGAGUGCAGGGUCAACCUCAGGGCCUCCCAGGGUGACGAGGAUGGAAAGGCCCCCUGCAAACAGGGGAGCAGGCACAGGCCUCACGGCGGCACCUGGAAGGCCGUGCUUGGAAUCUUAGUCUGCACCACAAAUUCGAAAAGAUGGCUUUGUUUGCUUUUAAAGAAAGCUGAGGCGGGCUUGGCUCCUCGUGAGCGCGUGAAGAUGGUUCUUUUCCUUUCUCUUGGCUCUUUUCAUUUUGGGGAAGAAGACUGCACUGGACUGGGCUGUGAGGACCAUCUCUGGCAUUCCAACAGUUUACAGAAAUAAAUGUGUUUUUCAAGAAAAACAAA